AUGGUUGAGAGAUUUGGGAUUAUUGAGAACAUGAAGGAUGAUGAAGAACUGGAAAUGUUGUUGGGUGAGAUCCCUCAUGCAAUUCAUCAUCAUCAUCAUCCAUCAUAUGCGAAUGGCCUCCAUCAUCAUCAUCAUGUUGUCAAUGGUAAUGUUCAUGGUAAUGGGUCUAUUGCUCCUCAAACAGUGAAUAGGAUGAGGUAUGGUAUGUAUGAUGAUGAUGAUGAUGAUUCAUCAUGUAGCUACCACCAGAAUCCAUGUGUUUCCCCUGCUACUGUCUUUCCAAGCAUGUUCUCUAAUGGCCAUUCAUCAUCUGAUACAUCAUCAUCAUCAUCAUCAUCAUCAUCAACCCUUCAUCCAUUUCAUGAUCCCAUCCCCAAACCCCACAUCAUCUCAAGAAACCCCCAUUCGCAACUGAGCGAAUCUUCUUACGGGAAGGAAGUUGAUUCAAAUUUGAUUGAUGAACUUGAUUUAUCAUGUAAUCUUGGUCGAAUGUAUAUCAAUCAGGAUCAAAACCAGGGUCUACUUCAUGAUCAUCGAAUCAAUUCAACUAGAUUUGGGGCAUCUAACCCUCCAUUUCCAAGAAUCCCCAUCAAUUCCGAUAGUGAAUUGAAUCCAGCAUUCUUCGAUUUCCAGCAAAAUUGUGGGUUAUUUCCAUCUGCUCAAUCUGAGAAUUUGUUAAAUUAUUGUUAUCAAUGGGGGAUUCUAGCUGUUCCCAAUGGCUUAUACUGUAUGAAUCAAAUUGGGAUGAAUUCUAUAGAUGAAAGGGGCAUAAGUGCACACUCCUGUUUGCAAAAGCCCAAGAGUAACAUGAACCAUGACCCGCUUCGAUUUCACCAUACGGCAACCGGUGGUUCGUCAAGUGUCAGAGUCCAUCGUGGUGGGCUUGAGGGUUUAGCCGCUAGUGAGGAUAGUUUGAUCAUUCAAGGUGAAGAUUUGAGUCGAAUUAGAACCAUAGGAUUCGGUGGUGCAAGAGGACCUAACAAGAGGGGGGCUCAGUCAUGGCUCGAGCCAAGUUGCUAUGAGUUCAUGGACCCUUGCGUAAAUGGUCGAACAAAGGUCCAUUUGUCUUGUUCUUCGCAUUUAGCUGAAGCUCAAAGAUAUAUCUUUCUGAUGGCUAAAGAUCAACACGGGUGUCGGCUUCUGCAAAAGAUUUUCGAUGAUGGAAACCCUCAACAUGUUCAGAUUGUGUUUAAUGAGAUCAUCGGGCACGUGGUUGAGCUUAUGAUCAACCCAUUUGGGAAUUACCUUAUGCAGAAACUAUUGGAAGUGUGUAAUGAAGAGCAAAGAAUGCAUAUUUUGAUGGCGAUCACUCUAGAACCGAGGGAACUUGUGCAAAUUUCGUUGAAUACUCAUGGAACUCGGGUCGUACAGAAGCUCAUAGAGACUCUUAAAACCCGACAGCAAGUUAAGCUCGUGAUAUCUGCGCUUGAACCAGGGUUUCUUGCUCUUAUAAAGGAUCUCAACGGUAAUCAUGUCAUUCAGCGAUGCUUGCAGUGUCUCAGCAACGAAGAUAAUAAGUUUAUUUUCGAAGCUGCUGCAAAAUUCUGUGUUGAAAUCGCGACUCAUCAACAUGGGUGUUGCGUGUUGCAAAGAUGCAUCAAUCACUCGACCAGCAAACACCGUGAAAACUUGAUCUCGGAAAUUUCGGCAAACGGGCUUCUUCUAGCGCAAGAUGCAUUCGGAAACUAUGUCGUACAGUACAUUCUCGAGCUGCAGAUUCCAUCGGCCGUUUCGAAGCUGACCUCGCAGUUCGAGGGAAACUAUGUGCAUCUCGCGAUGCAAAAAUUCAGCAGCCAUGUGGUCGAGAAAUGUUUAGCCGUAUUAGACAGUCAAGUUCGGUCAACCAUCAUCCGUGAGUUGAUCUCGGCUACUCAUUUCGAGCAGUUGCUUCAAGAUCCCCACGCCAAUUACGUUAUUCAAACCGCUCUUCGUGUUUCUGAGGGUCUGCUUCAUAACUCGUUGGUGAAUGCAAUCGAAUCCCAUAAGGCUAUGUCACGCAACAGUCCGUAUUCGAAGAGGAUUUUCUCCCACAAGCUUUUGAGGAGGUGA